UUUUUAAUUCUUUGCCACCAGAUGUCAGAUCAGUCCUGACGGAAAUGGCUGCACAAAGUUUUUAAAAUCUCUAUAAAAGUUACAAAUUAAGACAUAUCGGAUAUUUUCUAACAGCAGAUGACUCGUCUGAAUAAAGAUUGUUGAACAUCCAUGUACAUCAAACAAAGCAAAGAGAACAGACUUCAAAUAUACUGACAGGAAGAUUUCAAAAAAUAAAAGAUUGUAUAAUGGCCGAUCUAUGCACAGAGACCCCUUACAAGCACCAUCAGCAUCAUGGAUAGCCGCCCCCAGUUUGGAUUCAAAUUCAGAAGACGGAAGAGAAGAUUAUUCUGAAGAUCUUAAUUUGUGAUAAACAACAAAACCUGUGUUUAAAUAAAAUUAAUACGAGUGAUCAGAAUAGAUUAGAAGAUCUUCAAACAUAGCAUCUGUCUUUCAGCGAGAUUAAAACUGACGCUGGUUAAGUAUUUAAUAAUACCUAUAUGCCAUCAAAUGUGAAUUGAAUAUAUCAAAUGAAAUUAUUUGGAACAAUCUAAAGUGAAAGAUAUCUAUGUGGCACUUUAUUAGCUAUUAAACAAAUGGGAAAAAUAGUUAUUCUGACCUCAGACAAUUUAUAUAACAAGUCAGGAAGACAUAACAGUCGCCAAUUGUUGUGAGAAUUUCUACAAUUCUACAGUGGGGGUCUAUCAGAUAAGACAAACAGUCGAAGUUUGAUUCACAUAUUUUGGAUCCGUUUUUGUUUUAGUAAAAAGACUGUAUAUACUACUAGGAAGUACUAAAAAGGUGCUAAAUACAGCGCACAAUUGUACAAGAAUUACUGAUUUUGGAUACACACUAAGGAGCUUAUUUUAACGAUAUAUUCCCGAGGAUUGACCAAUAAAGGAAUCAAGGUCUAAAAUGGCGAAAACAACACUGUUAGGUGGACCUCAGAAAGAGGUCACAUGUUUCAAUAGAAUAAGACGGAUAUUUUAUGUGCGUCAGGGUACCAUAAUAAAGACCCUGUUGUUUGCAUUGAUAUGUUGUAUUAUCUCUCUAUGUUGCUUUUCAUAUUAUGUCUCAACGACUCAUUUUAACACGGUGGCCCGAAAUCCUCCGGAACCAACGAUAAAGUGCCGGUUACACAAUACAGUACAUAAAUCAAAUAUAAAUCACACCCCUCAUAAUCAUGUUUCCAGCGCAAGCCUCAGAAUCGACAACAAAGUUCUACUUCUCGUCGAAACGCAGUACAGUAAACUAGGACAAUCAAUUAUUGGUAUCUUAGAAGCAAACAGAAUACAAUACAAAAUGGACAUUGCCGGUAAAAGUUUACCAUAUCUCACACAUUUAGACAAAGGGAAAUUUGGAGUAAUUAUUUUCGAGAGAUUAAAAUCAUAUACCUCCUUGGAUAAAUGGAAUAGGCAGCUAUUGGAUAAAUAUUGUAGAGAAUAUAAUGUCGGGAUAAUCGCCUUCUCUGGCGGGGAACCUGACGUCCCCUACGUCACGGAGGUUCAGGGUUUCCCGUUGAAACUCUACAACAAUUUAGCAGUUAAGGAUUAUGAAUUGAACCCACAAUCUGAAAUUCUGCGGGUGACUCGUGCCGGGGAAAUCCUUUAUGGAGACAUCCCAGGGGAUGAUUGGACGGUUUUCGAACCUGAACAUGCCACCUAUCGACCCCUUGCUUACGCGAAAACACAAACUGCUAAACGCUUCCAGAACAUCACAGAUGGUUAUCAAGAACAUGCUUACACCACCGUGAUUCACGACACUGGAAAAUAUGAUGACAUCAAUCGUGUGCUUUUUGGAAAUGGGUUCCAGUGCUGGGUUCAUAUAUUACUUUUCCUGGAUGCCUUGUCGUUCCUCUCCCAUGGAAAGUUCAGCAUUACUCUUGAGAGGAACAUCCUCAUUGAUAUCGAUGAUAUCUUCGUUGGCAAGGUCGGCACUAGGAUGAAGCCAGCAGAUGUCAAGGCCUUGAUAGAUUCCCAGGAUCGGUUACGGAGAUCAAUCCCAGGUUUCCACUUCAAUCUAGGAUUCUCUGGGAAAUACUAUCACCGUGGUAACGAUGAGGAGGAUGCCGGAGAUGACAUGUUGCUAGCGUAUAAGGAUGCAUUCUGGUGGUUUGGACACAUGUACUCCCAUGAACAGGCAGCAAAGUUAAACCAAACUCAGCUUCAUCGAGAGAUGACCGAAAAUGUCAAGUUUGCUAAGGAGAAAGGUAUAAAAGCAUUCACUGGGUAUGCCGUGGCCCCACAUCAUAGCGGGGUGUACCCUGUACACGAGGAGCUUUACGAUGCCUGGAAGAAAGUUUGGGGCGUCAAGGUGACAAGCACAGAGGAAUAUCCUCAUCUACGUCCUGCACGGUAUAGACGAGGCUUUAUACAUCGAGGAAUCAAGGUGCUACCGCGUCAGACCUGUGGUCUUUUCACACAUACCAUCUUCAUUGAUAAGUACCCAGGAGGUCGAAGUCGACUUGAGAAUAGUAUACGGGGAGGAGAGCUCUUCCAGACACUGCUGUUCAAUCCAUUCAGUGUUUUUAUGACGCAUUUGUCGAAUUAUGGGAAUGACCGCCUUGCGUUGUACACAUUUGAGAGUGCAGUGAAGUUCACUCAAUGCUGGACCAAUCUUGACUUACAAAGUCUUCCCCCAAUGCAGUUUGCAAACAAAUACUUUGAGAUGUUCCCAGAAGAUGAGGACCCAAUCUGGCAGAAUCCGUGUGAUGAUGAGCGCCACCUGGCAAUCUGGUCAAAGAACAAGACUUGUAAUCGACUACCUCGCUUCCUUGUUAUUGGUCCCCAGAAGACAGGUACAACUGCCCUGUACACAUUCCUAGCAAUGCACCCAGCAAUACUGAGCAAUUACCAGAGUAAGACAACCUUUGAGGAGGUCCAGUUCUUCAAUGGAAACAAUUACUACAAGGGCUUGGACUGGUACAUGGAAUUCUUCCCUCUACCUCCCAACACGACCAGCAACUUCCUGUUCGAGAAGAGCGCCAACUAUUUUGACAGUGAGUUGGCUCCCAUGAGGGCCUAUGCCCUCCUACCUCAGGCAAAACUGAUCUGUAUAAUCAUCCACCCAGCCAAGAGAGCGUACUCAUGGUACCAGCACAUGCGAGCCCAUGGCGACCAAACAGCAAUGACAUACACAUUCUAUGAAGUAGUGACUGCUGGGCAAGAUGCGCCACGUAACCUUCAAGAACUGAGAGAGCGCUGUCUGAAGCCAGGUCUUUACUCCACCCACCUGGAGCGUUGGCUAGAGUUCUACAAGCCUAAACAGCUGAUGAUCUUAGAUGGUGAGGCCCUCAAGGGGGAUCCAGUAAGCCUCAUGAGCAAGGUUGAGAAAUUCAUACACAUCGAACCUCGCUUUGAUUACAACCAAUCACUCAGGUACAACCCCAAGAAGGGUUUCUAUUGUCAACUAGUACAAGGAGACAGAACAAAGUGUCUUGGACGCAGUAAAGGACGGGUAUAUCCCCCUAUGGAACUUAAAGCUGAAAAGUUCUUGAAAUUAUUUUAUAGGCGCCACCUGGUGGCGUUAUCCAAGCUACUGCUGAGACUUGGCACCACGCCAAUACCUGAUUGGCUACAAGAGGAGCUGAGUGAAUUUUUAUGAUUGGUCAGUCUGUUAAUGUAAGAUCAAAAUGAGGCUGUGAUAGCGUUGGAAGCAGUAUUGAAACAUCUCCUGAUCGGAGUGUUAUCUCAGGUGUACUAUCUAGUAUUGUAGUGUAUUAAACCGCGGAUAAACAACAUAUUAUGUGAAUCCCAGGGAUGGUCUUCACUUGAUAGAUCCUGAUACACGCGAAGCACUGCUCCAAGGCACCAUCAAUGUGGAUCCACUCCAUUGGUGGGGCAACUGACCCUGAGGUCUGACAUCAAGCCAAUCCGAGGAAUAAUGGCAUCAGUUCAAGGAAUCCUGACAUCACUUCCAGGAAUCAUGACAUGGAUCAAAGAAAUAUUGACAUCAAUCCAAUGAAUACUGACAUCAAUCUGAAGAAUAAUGACUGGUCUUACGACCAAUUCAGGAAAGGUGAAAAUGCUAUUUCUUGCUUGAAGGUGGUGAUCUGUAGUAGGGCCUAACUGACUGUAGAACAGUCUUAACUUUGCAUUUUUUAAGUGUAAAGUCCUUUAACUGUUACAAACAGAGACUGGCUUCAAUAAGUAGUACUGCUGCAUUCAAUCAACAAUCUAACAAGUGUUCAUUGAAUUCCUAUUGGGAUGAACUAGUAGGUUUUCUUACCACCCCUUUAUGUCUCGAUUACAUAAGCUCCGAUUCAUCGGAGUAUUUUUAAAGAUCACAUGGUAUCAGAAAUGGAUGUUCAUUAAAUAUCUCAGUUUAAAUGCAUUUAAAGGUUGACUCAAGCUGACCCAUUGAAAUCAAUGGGGGAAUCUUGCUUUGAAGCAUUUUUGAUUCUUUAACAAUUAUUUUAACAAUAAAUUUGAUUUAAAUAAAACAGUUAUGAGAGCAUGUACAUGUAUUUAUUUAUUAAUGAUAUUAUUGGUCUUACAUUUGCUUAAACUUAGAUGUAUAUUAUCUUACAUUGGACUAUGUAGUCAUUAUUUAUAUUUUAAGCCUUUUUCAAGUUAACUCUGUACCUUUCAAAAACAACUGAAAUUUUUGAGAGAGCAUCAUGACUUUCCCCAAGCUAUAUGCGCCUAUAUGUGUUAGCUGACAUAAAGAUAGCAAUGCAAAAUUGCCAAUUGAAUACAGUGUUCACAGUGUACCCCCUACAGGCUCGUAGCCAGGAUUUACUAGGGGGAGAGCGGUUUUACCAAGGGUGGAGUUUCAUUCAUUCAUUCAAAGUUCAUUCAUGCGAAAAGUGCUCAGAAUGGUGAAAAACUGCAUGAUUCUGCGGCUUCUCCCUCCUCUCCCCCC